CAUGGACUGACAUGGCCACCGACCUCGCCAUGAGCGCAGAGUUGCCCAAUAGCCCCCUGGCCAUCGAGUAUGUCAACGACUUCGACCUUAUGAAGUUCGAAGUAAAGAAGGAGCCUCCAGAGGCUGACCGUUACUGCCACCGCCUCCCCCCGGGAUCACUCUCCUCUACCCCUCUCAGCACGCCCUGCUCCUCCGUGCCUUCCUCGCCCAGCUUCUGCGCCCCCAGCCCCGGUGGCCAGUCGGGCCAAAACAUGGCCAACGGCGUCAACAGUAGCAACAACAGCGGAAGCAGCAACCCCCAGAGCUCGGGCGGAAAGCCCCACCUGGAGGACCUGUACUGGAUCCCCAACUACCAGCACCACAUUAACCCCGAAGCGCUCAAUCUGACCCCCGAGGACGCCGUGGAGGCACUCAUCGGCAACGCCCACCACCACCAUCACCACCACCAGGGCUACGAGGGAUUCCGCGGCCAGCAGUAUGUAGGGGAGGACCUGUCCACGGCCUCGGCCGGCCACCAUCACCAGUCCCACCAUCACCACCACCACCAUGGACACCGCCUCGAGGACCGCUUCUCGGACGACCAGCUGGUCAGCAUGACGGUGCGCGAGCUCAAUCGGCAAUUAAGGGGGUUCAGCAAAGAAGAGGUGAUCCGCCUGAAGCAGAAGAGGCGCACGCUUAAGAACCGGGGCUACGCACAGUCCUGCCGCUACAAGCGGGUGCAGCAGAGGCACAUGCUGGAGAGCGAGAAGUGCACGCUCCUGAGCCAGGUGGAACAGCUGAAGCAGGACGUCGCGCGCCUGGCCAAAGAGCGAGAUCUCUACAAGGAGAAGUACGAGAAGCUCGCGAGUCGAAGCUACAACGGUGGCGGGCCCGGUAACAAUAACAGAGACCCCUCUAACGGAAACCACGGGAAACCGGCCUCCACGGAAUUCUUCAUGUAAGAGACUGAAUCAUGGCAUAAGACUUUUGCCCCCUUCAAACUUAUUUAAAUAUUUUUAAUGACUAUUAUUUGUAUUUUUCUCAGUUUACAUUUUUUUUAUUACAGUUAUUCCUUUUGGGGAGGGGGGGGGCUAUCAGUGUACAUUUUAAAUGUACAACAUAACAUAAUGCUUUAUAUUUAUUUAAAGAAAUAAGCAAGGUGGAUGCGCACAUACAGUAAGUAAUCAAUGUGCGCAGAUAUAAUUGUUGGAAGUCUUAAAGAUUGUGUUUUGGAUUCACUUCAAUACACCAACACCUCUUGAUAUGGACAUUGGAUCACAAACUCUGUCAAAUCAAUAGCCUGAUUAUUAUUUUAUGAUGCAAUAGAUCUCAGAGAAACCCUGAUUAACGUUUGAAGUCUUAAUGAAAAAUAUGAAUCAAACUUGUCAAAGUUUACCAGACAGAAAAACUCAACUGAAAACUGUUUUGAUUCCUUGUAUGGUGUCUUAAAAGAGAGACUCCAGCGUCUUAAAACUGGGGGGAAUCGAGGAAGAGAAACCGGUAUUUAUCAUAUUGGGACUGAAAUGAAAGAGGGCGAACCACAGAAAAAGCAAUAGCCUACACCUUAGCCGCUCCUGCAGGCUCUGUCGACGGAUCCGACUGUGAUGAUGGAGGGGCACAUGAUAUAGCCUUUCUUCCCCGUUAACGAAAAGGCAACCUUUUGAAUAUUGCAAGUCUAGUUUCCAUCCCUUUUAGUAACCCUGCAUGCAGGACAUGUAUGGUACCCCAAACCUCCAAUCCUCUCACCCCUAUAUGUUAUGGAAAGCAUGGCCCAUGGUUCUUUCCUCUUCUCUUGCUACUUCUCUCUCAUCGCUCUCUACAGUAAGGCCUGGGUAUGCAAAAACACAACUUUAUCCCCUAUAACCCUGAGAGAUGUAAUAAAGAAUGCAGAAUAACCUGCGACCAGAACUAGUAAUCUGCUAUUACAAAAUGGAUGCGUUUUACCCGCUAUUUUCAAUCGAUUUUUCUAUUGUUUUAAAUUAAAAUAAAAACUAAACAAAAAGAUGAUUAACUGAGCCAGAUUUGAGACUAUUUAUUCCCACGUGUAUAUGUGUAUAGAACAGUUAUUGUGUUACCUUUUAAAACUUUUGUUGCUUGAUGAUUCAGAACGUCUUAAUGCCAUGUUUUAGGACUAUCUUACAGCAUGCAAAUAGUCUACGAUAACUUCCUACUUCUACUAGACAUGUAUGAUGUAAACAAGAAGUCUAACUGUACUAAGAUGAGAAACAUUUGGGAUUUUUUAUAUUGAUAGGACCUUUGUUGCGUAUUACUGUUAUGAUAAUAAGGUGAAUAGAAACAUUCGAUGAGGUGAUUUACUUAAUGUAGCUACAAAUAUAAGGACUGCAUUCGCUGCUAAAACUCUAUGCACCAACCUAACUAAACUCUUAAUAAAUUGAUUUUCUACUUUUUAAAAAGUGUACAAUUUGAGGUAUAAGAACAAUAAAGGUGAUCUAAUGGCUUGUGAAUAAUAAUUAAAUAAUUCCGCAGUCCGGUGUCUUAUAGCUCAAUAUAGCCUAUUCUGUUUUAUCUGAUGUGUAGAAAGAUGCCUGGUGGAUGCUUGGAUUGUCAAUGAUUGUCUUUUUCUCUGAGGGUAUGAUUAAGUCAAAAAUCAUUAUUCUGUCAACAAGAAAUCCCUGGUUCAUGUGUUACCUGCUGCCUAGAUAUAUGAUGUGCAAUAUUGUGCAGAAGUACUGAACCACCUUGCCAAUGCCAGUUAGUGCAAGGCUGAUGGCGACAUAUGCAGGAAUACAGCUAGGUUGACAAGACAAGGAGAAUUAUGAGAGGUGUUUGCAAAUCGGAUCAAAAUGGAGUGGGAGAGAGAUGUUGUUUUCUACCUCCCAAGAUACUGUUUAGUUUAAAAAAUAUAUAUAUAUAUCCUUGUGAUGCAAAAUCAAUUAGUCUGAACUUUCAACGAAAUCAUUUAUUAUGGUGCUUUUUCUGGUUUGACAAAUUUAGUCAUGUUUUAGGGGAAAAAAUCAAUAUGGAUCAAUUAUCUUUCAAUCAAUUCAUUAAUUACUCAAUCCGUCAAUAUAGAGCAGAGUUAUGUUGUUGGCCACCGAGAUUGAACCUGUAUUUAUGGUCUUGAAGUUAGUUAGAAUUUUUAGAAUUCCAAAGUGACGUAAACACUCUCGCAUCCCGGCAACAUGGCGAAGUAUCUUCUGCACAGUGCUGUCAAUGUAUAGCCUUCCUGUAUAGCCUAUAUGAUUUCUAUAUAUUUAUUCGAGAAACAUUUAAAUGUCCGAACGUGUCAAUAACUCAAGGCAAUUAAAUGUUUCAAGAUGGAAUGUUAUUGAGAAUAUUGCUUUCAUAAUGUUUAAUAAAAAGUUAUGUCCAAAAUC